GGGCUGCCUGAGCGCCCGGCCCGGCGCGGCGCGGCCCCCUCAGGGCGGCGAUGGCGGCCGCCGGUGGCGGCGGUGCGGGGGCUCCCGGGGAGGCGCCUCCCGCCGCUCCCGGUGCCGCCGCUGCCGCAGCUUCGGCCCCCUCCGCCGCCCCCACCGUUCCCACCGCCUCCCCCGAGAGCGGCGCGGUGCUGCAGCGGGAGCCGCUGUACAACUGGCAGGCCACCAAGGGCUCGCUGCGGGAGCGCUUCGCCUUCCUCUUCUCCAACGAGCUGCUGAGCGACGUGCACUUCGUGGUGGGCAAGGGCGGCCCCCGCGGCGGCUCGGGGGGCGGCGGGGGGGCUCCUCCCGGGCCCGGCCAGCAGCGCAUCCCCGCCCACCGCUUCGUGCUGGCGGCCGGCAGCGCCGUCUUCGACGCGAUGUUCAACGGCGGCAUGGCCACCACCUCGGCCGAGAUCGAGCUGCCCGACGUGGAGCCCGCCGCCUUCCUGGCGCUGCUCAGGUUUCUUUAUUCAGAUGAAGUUCAAAUUGGUCCAGAAACAGUCAUGACUACUCUUUACACUGCUAAGAAGUAUGCAGUCCCAGCCCUGGAAGCACAUUGUGUGGAUUUUCUGACGAAGCACCUCCGAGCAGAUAAUGCCUUUAUGCUGCUUACUCAGGCUCGUUUGUUUGACGAACCUCAGCUUGCUAGUCUGUGUCUCGACACAAUAGACAAAAGUACCAUGGAUGCAAUAAGUGCAGAAGGCUUUACUGAUAUUGAUAUAGACACAUUGUGUGCGGUUCUAGAAAGAGAUACCCUUAGUAUUCGAGAAAGUAGACUCUUUGGAGCUGUUGUUCGUUGGGCAGAAGCUGAAUGUCAAAGACAACAACUGCCUGUGACAUUUGGAAACAAACAGAAAGUCCUUGGAAGAGCUCUUUCCUUAAUUCGUUUUCCAUUAAUGACUAUUGAAGAGUUUGCAGCAGGCCCUGCUCAGUCUGGAAUCUUGUCAGAUCGGGAAGUAGUAAAUCUCUUUCUGCAUUUUACUGUCAAUCCUAAGCCAAAAGUAGAUUAUAUUGACCGACCAAGAUGUUGCCUUAGAGGAAAAGAAUGCAGCAUUAACAGGUUCCAGCAAGUGGAGAGUCGCUGGGGCUACAGUGGAACAAGUGAUCGGAUUAGAUUUACAGUUAACAGAAGAAUUUCAAUAGUGGGAUUUGGAUUAUAUGGAUCUAUUCAUGGACCUACAGACUAUCAAGUCAAUAUCCAGAUAAUUGAUUAUGAGAAGAAUCAAACACUGGGACAAAAUGAUACUGGAUUUAGUUGCGAUGGAACUGCCAGUACAUUCAGAGUCAUGUUCAAAGAACCUAUAGAGAUUCUGCCAACAGUUUGCUACACAGCUUGUGCAACAUUAAAAGGUCCUGAUUCCCACUAUGGAACAAAAGGAUUGAAGAAGGUAAUCCACGAAUCUCCUACUGCUAGCAAAACAUGCUUUGUCUUUUAUAGUUCGCCGGGUAACAACAAUGGGACAUCAAUAGAAGAUGGACAGAUACCAGAAAUAAUAUUUUAUACAUAAUUUCACACAAUCGUCUUGAAUGUGUCAGUGUAUCAUUGGACUUUAGCUCACUAUUGGUGACAGUAAGACAAGUUCUGUGAAAUGACAUGAAUGUGUUAAAACAAAACUAACUUGUUUGAGAGGUACUGGGAAAGCUAUUUUCUCUGCGUCAUUGUUAGCAGAAUGUAAUUUAGCUUUUCCUCUUAAUGAAGCAUCAAGUGGAAUAAGUACUCUGUAUAUUGAAAAGAUUGUUUUAAAUAGUAUGUUGUGAUUAAUGGCUUUGUAUUUUGAACCCUUUAUUUCUCACCUAGUAGAAUUCAUUUCUUGAACUGGAAAAUCUGUACUAGUUAUGAGCUUCACAUGUACAUUUUCCCCAACUUGUCCUAAAAAGUAACUCUGCUGCUCUAUACCAGCUUGCACUUCUCUCCAAAAUAACCUUGGAAUGACCCUAAGGACACGAAUUACUGCUAUGUAUGUAUAUUAUUUUGUUUUGGAAGUACAUCAGCAAAGCUGGAUUCAUAUUGCUAUCAUCUAGAUGUUUUGGAUGAACCAUGGAGAAUUAAUGGACUUAACACUCCAGACAGCAGCUGCAGCAAAGAAAGAUGAAGUCCAACUCUGCAAUAAAUGGAUCUUUCCCGAAUCUCUUAAUUUAGAAGGGCUGUUUUGGAACACAGAGCCGGUUAUGGACAUAGCCACUGUAUAUACAUAUGUGCCUAUAAGAAAAUGUAUAAUGUGAAAACGGGAGUACAGGACUUGUAAUGAUGCUAUUUUGACUGGAUAACCCGAUACUAAAUAAUUAGUAUGAGCUCA